AUGGGGAGCGCGCUCGGACGGAUCUCCGAGGAGCAACCGCGGUACGACGUCGCGCGCGCGUGCGAUGGGUACGAGGUGCGAACGUACGAGGCGUGCUGCGUGAUCGAGACGACGUACGACCCGCGCGAGCGCGACGAGCAGGGCAAAUCUUUCAUGCGACUCGCAAAGUACAUCGGCGUGCUGUCGAAGCCGAGGAACGCGCGGGACGAGAAGAUCGCGAUGACGGCGCCGGUGUUCAUGACGCCGGACGCGACGGCGGCGACGCGAUACGUGAUGCAGUUCGUGCUGCCGAAGAGUAAGUUUCCGGAGGGCGCGGCGCAAGCGCCGAGGGCGCUCGAUCCCGAGGUGGCGGUGAAGGACGUGCCGGCGAGGACGAUGGCGGCGCGAAGAUUUUCUGGAAGGAUGCGGAAGGAAGAGAUCGAAGCGCAGACGGAGGCGUUAAAGAAAGCGUUGAAGGCUGCGGGCGUUCAGCUGGCGCACGGAGAGAAAACCGUCGUGCAGUACGCGGGAUAUAAUCCGCCGUGGACGCCCGGCAUCAUGAGAACGAACGAGGUCCUCGUGGAAAUUUUGUGGGAUCCGAGCGCCGACCAAGCGGCGGCGUAGACGACCCUCUUCGUCACUGCUCGCUACUGUUUUUCGUUACUGCUCGCUACUGUUUUCUACACCGAUUACUUCUAUUGUUUCGCUAAUGAUGCCGUCGCGGUCAAGAUGUUCGCGCGCGCCGCGACCCAGCUCGGAUGAUCGCUGUACAAAUUUUCGAGUCCGCAGCGCACGGCUCUGACUUCUUGUCGGCGUCCGUCGUGCGCGAGCUCUUCGAUGUGCAAUCGUACGAUUUCGGCGACGACAUCAACGCGGUCGUCGACUGGACAUUGCGCGUCGACGCUGAGAACUCUUUCUAGAGCAUGCAAGAGAGUUGCGGUGUGCACGGAUGUGCUCGCCAUGACGGGUUCGCCGACGCACGAACGUCGCGCCGCUUCUUGUCCUCCUUUUUCCUUCACAGGACUGGCGUACGCCGUGAUCGGCAUUUGUGCACUCUUCUUGACGCCAGCGCGCUGCGCGCCUUUACGCGUAGUGAUUUGACGUUUCGCUGGCGAAGACGCGGCGACCGGCGCCGGUCGCCUCGUCUUGAUGGCUUUUCCGGCUUUUCCCGAGCCGCACGCCUUCAGUAGCUGGAACGCCGAAGAGUUCGCCACAUUUCGAUGUUGUAAGCGCUGAUUCUCUCUAUCCGCGCGCGCUUUAGACCACUCGUAUCUAGUCUGAGGGUCGAGCGCCUCCAAAUCUUCCG